UAGAGGCGCAGUGCGGCGGGGCUGCAGCACCCACACUCACAGGAGUUAACCUGUUGGACUGAUACUCUCACUCACUCUCUGACUGUCUGUGUCAGCGCCUGGAUCUCCUCUCACAACUCAGUGACUCAGUCCAGAGUCUGGAUGUUUACACUUUUCCUACAGUUGUAUGAGUUUGGAAUGCACAUUUCCUGAGCUGAGGCUGCUGUAAUGAGAUCCUCUGUGCUUGGAUCAGUUUGGGCUCUUCUCUUGCUGUUGUGGGAGCCUGCAUGCCAGGGGGAUGAAGUUUCCUCCAGCACAGUGAACCCAUGCUGUUACAUCCCCUGCCAGCACUGGGGUGUAUGUGUAAGAUACGAUGUGGACAAGUACGAGUGCGACUGCACUAACACCGGAUACCAUGGAGAAAACUGCACCGUCCCUGAGUUCUGGACCAGAGUGCGUCAGUUCUUGAAGCCCAGCCCAGAUGCAGUGCAUUACAUUCUUACUCAUUUCCGCUGGCUGUGGGACAUCAUCAACUACACCUUCCUACGGGACGUUCUCAUGCGGCUUGUCCUUACAGUUAGAUCCAACCUGAUACCCAGUCCUCCAACUUACAACUCCAAGUACAGCUACCUCAGCUGGGAGUCGUACUACAAUCUGAGCUACUACACUCGGCUUCUGCCCCCUGUGCCAGAGGACUGCCCCACACCUCUGGGGGUCAAAGGCAAGGCUGGGCUUCCUGACCCUGAGCUGCUGGUUGAGAGGCUGCUAAAGAGGAGAACGUUCAGACCUGACCCCCAGGGCACCAACCUCAUGUUUGCCUUCUUUGCACAACAUUUCACCCAUCAGUUCUUUAAAACCUACAAUCGAAUGGGUCUAGGCUUCACAAAGGCUCUCGCACAUGGGGUUGACGCAGGUCAUAUUUAUGGAGACAACCUGGAACGUCAGCUGCAGCUCCGCCUCCACAAAGACGGAAAACUAAAGUACCAGGUGAUUGAUGGCCAGGUGUUCCCUCCUACUGUAAUUGACGCACCCGUCAGGAUGAGCUACCCCCCUGGCAUCCCCCCUGAACAUCAGAUUGCUAUUGGUCAGGAAGUGUUUGGACUCCUUCCUGGUUUGGGAAUGUACGCCACACUGUGGCUGAGGGAGCACAACCGAGUGUGUGACAUCCUCAAGGCAGAGCACCCCACCUGGGAUGACGAGCAGCUUUUCCAGACUGCACGCUUCAUCAUCAUCGGUGAGACAAUAAAAAUAGUGAUAGAGGAGUAUGUGCAGCACCUCAGCGGUUACCUGCUGCAGCUGAAGUUUGAUCCCACGCUGCUGUUUAACUCACCGUUCCAGUACGGAAACCGAAUCGCUCUGGAGUUCAGCCAGCUCUACCACUGGCAUCCCCUGAUGCCUGACAGCUUUUUGAUCAAUGGAGAUGAACUUUCAUACACUCAGUUCCUCUUCAACACUUCUGUUCUCACACGCUACGGCAUCGAGAAGCUGGUGGACGCCUUCUCUCACCAAGCUGCUGGACAGAUUGGCGGUGGGCAUAACAUUAAUGCCGUGGUGACCAAAGUGGCCGUGGGAGCCAUAAAGGAGUCCCGCCAGCUCCGCAUGCAACCCUUCAAUGAGUACAGGAAGCGCUUUAACCUUAAGCCGUACACUUCGUUCAAACAAUUCACUGAUAAUGAAGAGAUAGCCCGUGAACUUGAAGAGUUCUAUGGAGACAUCGAUGCCUUGGAGUUUUAUCCCGGUCUGAUGCUGGAGAGAACAAGGCCGGGGUCCAUAUUUGGAGAGAGCAUGGUGGAGAUGGGCGCCCCUUUCUCUCUCAAAGGCCUCCUGGGAAACCCCAUAUGCUCUCCUGAAUACUGGAAGCCCAGCACCUUCGGAGGUAAAGUGGGAUUUGACAUAGUGAAUUCGGCCACACUGAAGAAGCUUGUAUGCCAGAACACCAGGACUUGUCCUUAUGUGGCGUUUAGUGUGCCAAAGGAGGAGCAAUCACAAAAAGAGAAGGAGGACACUAAAGUAGGGACUGAUGAGCUAGCCGCUGACAUGACGACUCUAGAUGACAAGAUUCUGGGAGAAAAGCUGCAGUACUACUACAGCAGCAGUGAGGACGAAGGCAGCGACAACGAGGAUGAGGACGGGGUGAGCAAAACCAUCCGGGAUGCUAACGUCACUGAGCCUGAGAUAGAUUACAGCGCAGAUGGAAGUGCUGUCAACACAGGACCAAAGGGAGUCAUCAAUGACUGGAGGAAGUACAAGCAGUUGGAGGUGGAGCAGAAAGCAGAGCAGAAGAAAGAGAUGGAGAGAUUAAUCAAGAAGCUGUCGAUGACCUGCCGCUCUGACCUCGACCUGGAAAAGGACAAAGAGAAACAGAAAGAGCUGCAGAGCAAAAUCCAAGGAAAAAUGACCAUGCAGGAGUACAACAUGCUACAGGAAGAGCAGGAUGAUGAAGACUUCCUCCAGCAUUACCGUAUGCAGCGCAUAGAAGAGAUGCGGCGCCAGCUUUGCCGUGGCAAACGGUUCGCACAGGUCUACGAGCUGAACAGUGGGGAGGACUUCCUGGAGGCUCUGGACAAGGAGGACAAAAGCACGCUGGUCAUGAUCCACAUCUACGAACCGGAGGUCCCGGGCUGCGAGGCAAUGAGCGGCAGCCUCAUGUGUUUGGCUCAGGAGUACCCGCUGGUCAAGUUCUGCAGCGUUCGCAGCUCAGCCAUCAGCACCAGCGCUCUGUUCAGAGACAGCGCUCUGCCCGCUCUGCUCAUCUACAAAGGAGGGGACUUGAUCGGAAACUUUGUACGGCUCACAGACCAGCUGGGGGAGGAUUUCUUUGCUGUGGACCUGGAGGCCCUGCUGCAGGAGUACGGCCUGCUGCCCGACAAAGCCCCCAUGGUUCCGAAGACGGUUCGCAAUGGAGCCAUUGUACAAAACACUGUGAGCGACGAUGACUCCGACCUCGAUAUAGACUAAAGCCAAUUAUUAAUGCUUUAUAUGCUUGGAAAACAUGUGCACACAGUCUGCAUGGACUAUAGAUCCCUUUGAUGUAUGUGGGCCCCUGUAAUGAUGACUGACUGAGCCAGGAGUGAUACGGUACCAGUUGCAUAACAUACUACACACACAGCCGGCAUUGCACAUAAAACAUCCUGAUAUAAGUUCUGUUUAAUCAAAGAAAAGUCUGGGUUAUGAAUAUUGAGGACCUGUUCAUAUUGCCAUUAGAAUGAUGUAGAUGUUAGCUUAAAUGUUUUUGUUUGACCCUUCGUGACUGUCAUCUAUUUAUUCAUUGUAUGGAAACACAUUCCUCUUUUUGUUUCUUUCAUGUGCAUCUUCUCUGUAUUGAAUGUUUCUCUCUGUAGAACUAAAAGCUUUCAACUGAGACUGACUUUAAUUUAAUUUUAUAACUUUUAUAUGUGCUGUAACAUUUCAGAUAGUGGGGAAAAUAAACAAAUGUUUGGACUUUG